UUAAGGAACUUUACUCUUUAGUUUUGCUAUGACCGUCGUCAGGUAUUGAGAGGUGAAGGCUUCAUCAACAUUCAGCUUGUUCUUUUUUUUUUUUUAAUUCAUAAAUUCAUAUUGUUAAAUUAAUUAAUUUUUUUAUUUUUAAAAUUUAUUGUCUUGUUUUUAUUGAAAAUUUCGAAUCGAAAAAAAAGAAGAUUAUCAUGGAAUUUCGAACUUUUGUCAUGAUAUUGAUGUGUGCUUCUGCAUUUGGUGAACCUAGUAAUAGUAAACUAGGACAACAAAUGAAUGAUUCAUCAGCAUUACAAGAGGAAGAACCACCAGAAGGUUAUUAUGCUUUCAUUCAAUCACCAAAUGCUGAACCACCAAAGGUACGCCCACCACCCUACAUUGACAGUGACAAAGAAUGCCAUGACACUGGAAAAAAAGGAAAAGGAUUCGUUUCGAUUUAUAAUGUUUGUGGUGAUUUAAACAAGGGUUAUAUACCAAGAAAUCCAAUGAAACAAAAUACAACUGGUUCAUCAUAUCCAUUUGGAUUAAUUAGAAAUCAUACACUCAAAUUUCUCAGCAAAACAUUGCCAAUUUUAAAGGCUGAUAAAUCUCUUCCAAAAGUCACAAAAAUUCAGCCAUUUUCUCAAAAUUCUGUUCAUACUGAUGAAAAACGUAGUAGAAAUAAACGAAAUGCAAAUGAAGAAACGAGCACUGAUGUAAAUCGUAGUGGACGUAAAUUUUGUGAGAAUGGUUCUGGAGUAAUGUGUAUGUUGUAUAAAGCAAUACAGGGUGAACCAUUGGUAACACCAACAGCUGAAAGACGUGAUGAGCCAGCAACAGUUGAAUAUCGUCAAAAAAAUAAUCAAAUACAAGAAAAACAAGAAUACACUGGACCACCAACACCUUGUCCAGCAAAAGUUGAAUAUGCAACACCAGUAUUUGCUAAAAAUUAUCAGGGUGUAUGGCGUUAUGUUGUACAAAUACCAUAUGAAGGAUAUUUUACACAAACAAUUGAGCUAACGAGAUGUAUACAGUCAACUUGUCAUUAUUUAAAUGGUGGAUGUUUGUCAUCACCAAAAUGGACAAGUCUUCUUGUUGCUGAAAUUUAUUAUCCAGAUACAUUUUUAGAAGAUAAUCAAAAUAAUAAACAUUCUGUAUUGAGAGAACCAGUUGCUGGUCCACCACCACCAGUACAAGAAUUUCAAGAGUAUGAAAUGUAUUUGAAAAAAAGAGCUAGUGAAAGUGAAGGACGUAGUAGUGUUAAUCAACAACAUUGUGAUGGUGUUGAUGAAAUGGGAUGCUAUCAGGUUCGUUUGUACUAUGAUUGGUUCUUGGUACCAGGUAGCUGCAAGUGUUGGAGACCCGAUUACUACAAUCGUUACGUUAGACGUACAAACAUUAGCCCAGAAUUAUAAAAAUAAAUCAUAAAAAAAAAAAUACAUAAAUAGGUAAUUGAACAUAAAAAAAAAAAAAAAUAAUUAUCUAUUUUUU